AUGACUUUGUCUCCCGAUGCCAACGGCAACUCACAGAUAGACAAUGAGAAGGAUGCUUGGGACACAGCUCUUGAAAAGGGAGGAUGUGUUGAGGAGCAUAUGAGACUUAAUGAUUGCUAUUGGGAUAAGCAUGAUUGGAGAAAAUGCUCAAAAGAAAUGGAGGAGUUUCGAAAAUGCUGGGAGAGCAAGCAUGGACCGUUAACAAGUUGCCCUAUCAAUAUGAAAGCGAAGACAGAAAAGUAA